GCCGGGACCGAGAAGUGAUGGCUUCUCCGUCCAAAGGUAAUGACUUGUUUUCAUCCGAUGAGGAGGGUCCAGCGGUGAUGGCCGGGCCGGGCCCCGGGCCUGGGGACGCCGAGGAGCGCAGAGUCAAGGUCUCCAGCCUGCCGUUCAGCGUGGAGGCGCUCAUGUCCGACAAGAAGCCAUCCAAGGAGGCGUCGCCGCUGCCGGCUGAAAGCGCCUCGGCGGCCGGAGCUACCCUCCGACCGCUGCUGCUGCCGCCGCCGCCGCCGGGACACGGCGUCCGGGAUGCGCACAGCCCCGGUCCCCUGGUCAAGCCCUUCGAGACGGCCUCCAUCAAGUCGGAGAACUCCGAAGACGGAGCUGCUGCGUGGAUGCAGGAACCCAGCAGAUACUCGCCGCCGCCGAGACACAUGAGCCCCACCACCUGCACCCUGAGGAAACACAAGACCAACCGGAAGCCGCGCACACCUUUCACCACAUCCCAGCUCCUGGCCCUGGAGCGCAAGUUCCGCCAGAAACAGUACCUGUCCAUUGCAGAGCGCGCGGAAUUCUCCAGCUCUCUGAACCUUACAGAGACCCAGGUCAAAAUCUGGUUCCAGAACCGAAGGGCCAAGGCGAAAAGACUGCAGGAGGCCGAACUGGAAAAGCUGAAAAUGGCUGCCAAACCUAUGCUACCCUCCGGCUUCAGUCUUCCUUUCCCUAUCAACUCACCCCUGCAAGCCGCCUCCAUAUACGGAGCAUCCUACCCUUUCCAUAGACCUGUGCUACCAAUCCCGCCUGUUGGACUCUAUGCCACGCCAGUAGGAUAUGGCAUGUACCAUCUAUCCUAAGAAAGACCAGAUGGACAGACUCCACAAUGGAUGUUUGCCUAAGAGGAUUCCCAGUCCCUCUCCAAGAAGGUGGUGCCAACCCAGUACUUCUCCAUGCAAACCUUGUAUGGACCAUCCUAAGCAGCCGGGUCCACAGGGCUAUUGCCAUAGUAUGAAUUUGUACUUUAGGUGAGAGGCACCAAGCCCUGUUGUGUUGGCCCCUUGUUCUCUCACAAAGAUCGGCUUUGAUAAUUUUUAUGUAUAAAUAUAUAUAAUAAAAUAUAAGACAUUUUUAUAUGCCAGAUGUAAAAAUUAAAAUUAUUUUGAAAGGCAAAAUUUAUAGACAUUUAUACAUUUCCUAUAUCACUUUCUUAAGAUACUGCAUAAGUCUACUUGUUCUAUUUUCUUAAAGGGAGAGACACAAUACUUGCAAAAAUGUGCUGAAAUGUGAUUGUUUAGAUAGGAUGGUUGAUUUUUGCUUAUGGAAAACAUACCGGAAUUAGAAACAGUGCACACAGGAAGUGGAUAUGAAGAGAUUCUUCCAAGUGAAGGAGAUGUAUGACAUGCUUGUGUUUUAUGUGCAUAGGAAAAGUUUCUUUUGAUACCACAGUUUGGUACUAUUUUUUUUCUUCCCUCCACAGAAAGCUUUUGCUUUUGAAAGAUCAAUAAGAGGAUAAAAAUAACCCUGAGAAUACUUCAGGGACAGGUAGAAAAUAGGGAAAAUUUCCAAUUUCUGUCUAGGCUCUUGUGCUUGGCACCAUGUUGGGUCAUUGGAGAGUAAAAGGAAAAAAGGUGAUUCUAUGAAGUGCUAGGUCCAUCUGCCCUCACACAUUACACAGAUAAUGGGGAGGGGCACAAUCAUUUUCUGUUUUAAAGAUGAAUCUCUUGUAACCAUUACCUAUUUUAAAUAUUUUUUCAACAGUUGAUAGAAUCAGGAAGGAAAGUCAUGUUUUCUCUUUAUGUACUUAUGGCAUGUGUUAAACUUAUUAGGAAAAUUUAUAUACUCUUUAACAUGCUGGGGACAGAGUGUUAAUAAGCCAUGUCUUGACUUCUAAAAAUGGUGUUGUCAAACAGCCCAUUUAGCUCCCUGGUAUGUUGUUACAUUCUCAUCUGUUGCUUCUCUUCUUCCUUCACUAUAUUUCUAUCCCUUUCAAAGGGUGCCUUGUACAAUUUUAUAUAUUUUAUUGAAGAGUUAUUUCUUAUCUCUUAUUCUGGAUUAAAUUAAACGUUUACUUUAUUGCAGUAAA